AUGCAGUUCGUGUCCGUGCCCUCUAUCUCCCGCAGGAUUCUCUCGUGUUCUGCGGCUGUCUCCGAGCUCGCCAUCCCGCAUGACUCAGGGGGUGUGUCUGGGGGGUUUCUGGAGCUGCUGUGGCCGCUUCAAAGUGCACUGAGCCCGGCUAGAGCGGGCAGGGCUGACCCGGGAGGAACCAGGAGGAACCGAGGCUGGAGAUGUGGAAGCAGAGGCGGAGCUGAGGCGAGGGCCGUGGGGGCCAGAGCCACCAACAGUCGGACUGAGAUUUAG